AUGGGGCUAUUGUCGUACCUUCUGUCUGUAAAAUGGCUACGCUCCAGCGGGCAAAAUGGUGGGCGCAAUAGACCCACUCCAAUGCAGCUAGGUCUUUUAAUGUCUAUCUGUAGUGGUGCCAACAUUGGAUCUUUAUUCUCUUCUAUGAAAUAUCUAGUAAUCAAACCUGCGAUGAAGAAUUCCGUUGAUCGCGUUGCACCUGCACCUAUUCUUCGACAGUCAAUCUUCGCUCUAGGUUCGCUCUUGGUCAUUUCAUACGUCGCUUCUGGGGCCGAUGCUUGGCUUCAUGCCAGCAGCACAAGUGUGCUUAUCACAUCAAUGUCUCCAUAUACUUCAUCGACACCUUCUAACUUCGGUCGUGAGAUCAACGCAACAAUGUGCCAAAUAGCUACCGCCCGCAAUGAUUCUACAUGUGGAAUAAUCGGCACCGGGAGCGCUGGCACUGGAAUUACUCUUUCUGAGGGGCUCAGAGUCAUCUCUAAUACCUCGAGCCUCCACCGAGUUGUUUUCACUGAUGACCAGACUGCCAUAUUAGUGCCUCAAACUUUGCCCCCGAACAUCACAUAUACCUCACGGACUCUGGGGGUUAAAUCUCAAUGUACUUCGAUUACGAAGUACUGUAUAUUCAAAGACGGGGUAUUGGGAUACGGUCCUCAGGCAAAGUUGAACCUAAACUGCGCGGAUGCUGGAAUCAAGUAUGUAAACUCAACGGGGGUUUCUGGCUUGUGUCCGAUAGAUAAUCAAGGGUUAUGCACCUCUGCUACCGGAAUUCCAUCCAAGGGCUGGUUUGCGCACGGCAAUAACGGAGCAUGGAACGUCAUAUUUUGUAAUGUUACUGCGUUGGAUAUCACCUAUACAUAUACGUCGACCCGCUUUCUGCAACAAAGUACCAGCCCUAUUUCUGUAUCGGACACACGGUACAUGAUGAUCGCCGGGUUUUAUAACGGUGAAACCCUCAUAUCAACAGCCGUCAACGGAGCGGGCUUGGAAGCUAGUACGACUUAUGAGCAAGCGUACUCUAACGAACUCUCGCGGCAGAUGCUGGCUCGAGGAGCAAUCAUAUACCAACCCAAAGACGUUAUCAGGAUUGAAUCUGAAAAUACAGCAGUCGGUUCGAAUUUACAAGUGAUACCUCUCGCACUCUUCAUCGCUGCUUUACUCUUGUUCUCCUGCCAAACCUUGUGGAUUACGGUGAGAGUUAUCAUCGCUACGUGGAAUAUGGAUUAUGUAGAACUGGCGGCAUUGUAUAUUCAAAAUCCUUUGGUGGUAGUGCAAAGCCUGUAUGGACGACCAGAUCCCACUCUGACUUGGGAUACGGAUGUGGCGAAGAGGUUUGGAACCGAGACAGAUAGGGAUCGCUUGAACAUAGGGCCGGCGUAUAACGAAUUUGGUUCAGUUUUCAUUGUGUCAAGAAACUAA